CACGAGUGACUCGAGGGAGUUGAUCGAUUCUAAAGUUGACGUUGACGUGUACGAGUGCGUACAAGACAUCAAACGCUUCGCAUUAUUCCAGUUAUUUUACAAAUCAAACAACAGAGAGUGGAAGAUUUUUUGGAAAUUUGUCUUGAAAUACAAACAAGACGUCCAAUUCCAGAAAAUCGGACAAAAUGGUGAAGAUGGAUCAUGAUGAUGGAAAUAAAAAUGAGCCAGAGCACGUGAGGAAACUAUUCAUCGGUGGACUUGACUACAGAACGACUGACGACUCCCUAAAGAAGCAUUUCGAACAAUGGGGAGAUAUUGUGGACGUUGUUGUGAUGAAGGAUCCCAAGACAAAACGAUCAAGGGGAUUUGGAUUCAUCACCUAUUCCAGAGCUCAUAUGGUUGAUGACGCGCAGAAUGCGAGACCACACCGCGUCGAUGGUAGAGUCGUCGAACCCAAGAGGGCCGUUCCCCGGCAGGAAAUUACAAGACCAGAAGCAGGAGCUACUGUCAAAAAAUUGUUUGUCGGUGGUUUGAAGGACGAUCACGAGGAGGAGGAUCUCAGAUCAUAUUUCCAAACUUAUGGUCAAAUUAAUUCCGUUAGUAUUGUAACGGAUAAGGAAUCUGGCAAGAAACGAGGAUUUGGAUUUGUCGAAUUCGAUGACUAUGAUCCUGUUGAUAAAAUUUGCCUUCAGCGAAGCCAUCAAAUCCGUGGAAAACACGUUGAUGUGAAGAAGGCUUUGAGUAAAGCUGAGAUGGCUUCGGCAACUAGUGGAGGAGGUGGUGGUGGUGGACGUGGUGGUCAAGGUGGAAGAGGAGGACCGAGAGGUGGAAAUCAAGGAGGCGGAAGCUGGGGAGGACGUGGAGGUGGCGGCGGAGGAGGUGGUGGUGGUGGCAACGACUGGAAUAAUGGAGGUAAUCAGGGAGGAUACGGCGGCGGCGGAAACCAAGGAGGCUGGGGAGGUGGUAAUGGACCGUGGGAAAAUCAAAAUCAAGGUGGUAAUUGGGGAGGUCAAGGAGGCCAAGGAGGUUACAACAGUGGUGGAAACUGGAGCAAUGACAACUUUGGAGGAGGCUACCAACAAGGUUACGGAGGUGGACCUUUGAGAAACAAUUACAAUAGUGGUGGACGAUCAGCACCAUACGGUCAAAUGGGUGGAAACAGCGGCGGCGGUGGUGGAGGUGGUGGUGGUGGCGGCGGCGGAGGUGGUUAUGGUGGUAACCAAGGUGGAUACGGAAAUAAUGCAGGAGGAAACAUGGGAGGAGGUGGUGGUGGCGGAGGUGGAAGAAGAUACUAAAAAGUCCUGGUUUUUCUUCAAUCGGUGACCCCUACUUGUCUUCUAGUCAUCAGUACUUCUGUACUGUUUAGUUUGGAGCAGGCAGGGCUAAAAGGCUAGAGACAAGACCAGGCAGGACAAUCAGGAUUCAGGACAGAGAAGCGUCAUCUGUUAGAUUGCUGUGAGGGAGGCUUAUUUCUCUAUAACAUUUGGUACCUAGCACCUACUGCAUCAGUUACAUGUUCGUCCCAAUAUUAUUGUGAAAAAAGAAAGAGUUGUACCACAGUUUUAUAGACAAUACUCGCACCCUCUUGUGUCACGUGUAUUUAUAUUAUUUAAUAGAGACAUGAAAGGCAGUAAUCGAUAGGAAUGUCGUGCUACAAUAAUAGAAAAUCUAUAUUCUGACCGAAUAUAAUCACACUAUUGGCAUUUUUUCACUAUUGGCAUCUGGCUUCACUCAAUUGACUCUUUAAGCAGAUGUUCCGCUCUUGUUUUAUUUUUCUUAAUAUUUAUUUACAAAAGUCUUACUGUCGUGCGCCUUAAUCCUAAUUGGCCUUUAAAAACACUAGUUUUUCAAAUUUAUGCCAUUUAACAAUUUUAGAAAAACCUCUAUGAGUUUUAGUGUUAGGAAUAAAAAGUAAUUUUUUGACGACCCGGUCCAUAUAAGAAUCAAGCUUUUGAAUAUAUGAAAAUAAUGAAUGACUCUUAUGUAGACUAAAGAAUAUGAAAAAAAGAUAUGCCAGGAAAAAUAAAACUGAUAUCAAAUGUAUAGGCAGACUAUUUUGUAGUUCGUCUAGGUUAAUCAAUUUACUUUUAAGUUGUAAUACUACAGUUAGAUAAUAAAACAGACCACAACCUUUUCAACGAUA